GAGGCUGCGACACAUCGAAGCGCACAGAUGAUGAGAGGAGUGGCACACUUCACUAAAACUUCCCGGAGUGACGCGCCUGGACGCCCGCUCCUCCCCGUUAAACAUCGAGAAGAGAAAAAAGUUCCCCACUCUGACUUUUCAUCAUCCCGAUGUGGCGAGAGUUUGACGCAGAGUCUUUUCAAGAGAGUUCGGUCAUGACAGCACUCAACUGUUAGAAAAGAAAACUUUCAAUCUUUGUUUUGCCUCGAAGCGUGCGGUACCAUGAAGCCCGUGCUGCUCUCCAGCGUCCCUCUGUGGAAUCUUCUGGUCUUCAGCGCCGUACUCAAGAUCUCUCGAGCAGAAUGUGGCAUUGGUGAAUGUGGCAGCAAUGAAAUAAUAAACACAACAACAACAACAACAACAACAACAACAACAACAACAACAUUUGAAUCCAGACCAAACUGCAACAUCUCCAUUGGGAACAAUGUCUCUGGAGUUGGUUCGAUCACUGGUUUGAUUCCUGGAGCAAGCUAUGAAGUCUUCCUUAAGUGUUUGAACUGCUGCACAGUGGCCACCACGAAGCCUGAAGUAGUCAGAAACCCCACUGUCACUGAUGUCACAACAUCCUCUAUAUCUGUGGCGUGGACUAAACCAGAGGGAACCAGCUCUUUCUAUAGAGUACAGUGGACUGAUGGAGAACUUAAUGAGACGACUGCAACAUCUACGAUGAUCACUGGCCUGACUCCUGGGGUCAAGUUCACUAUAGUGGUCACUGCAGUGGCAGCUGAUAACCUUACUGAAGGAGAGAAAGCAAAUGUUUCUCUGUAUACAAAACCUGGUGAAAUUGGGGAACCUACUGUGUCCACAAGCACCUCCUCCAUCUCUCUGAACUGGACCCCACCUCCGGGUGAGGUGUUCAAGUACAGGUUGGAGUGGCAUAAUGGUGGAGCGCUCAUGACCGUUACCACCAAGAAAACCUUUGCCGUGCUCUCAGACCUAAUCCCUGGCACGAGCUACACAAUCUCAGUCAUUGCCGUCGCCGGAGACAAUAAGACAGAAGGACACCCUCACACGUUCUCCACAUUCACAAAACCGGCUGUGGUCAGGAAUCUCUCCGUCAUCGAUGCCACAACAUCGUCCGUGUCUCUGAAUUGGACUGAACCUGAUGGCAAUGCUAGCUCUUACACAGUUCAGUGGACUGCAAGAGGAGACACCAUUAAUACCACCACCACUGAAACCUAUUUUACCAUCAACCAGUUAAUCCCUGGGGUCCAGUACGAGAUUAUAGUGGCUGCUGUAGCUGUAAAUCAAUCAAACGAAGGAGAAGGAACCUCAAUAACUUCUUUCACAAGGCCUGAAAAGCCUCAGGACAUUAUGGUUACAGCACGAGGAACCAAUUACCUGAACAUCAGCUGGACUUUGCCUUUUGGGAGAGUUGAUCACUACGUGGUGACCAUCUCAGAUGAAAGGCAGAAUUAUUUGGAUAGCAUCACAACAGCAGUCACCACAGCCUCCUUUACUGAUUUACAUCCUGGGAUAUUAGUUUUCAUCAAUGUGACCGCUGUAGCUGGGGACUUCAAUAAUAUGUCUAAUCUGUCUUCAUUUGCCACUGAGCCCACACCUCCUGGUUUCAUCAUCAUCAGUCAGGGAACAUACUCGCUUCAUCUGAAGUGGGCGACUCCUGCUCUGAUGGAAGGUGCUCCAUACAUCAGCUACCAUAUCACCUACCAGCCAGAGGGUGGCGAAGUGCAAACUACAAGCGCCUUGGUCAAUACCACAGAGCUAUCCGCUCUUUCGUCUGGAACUUCCUACAAUAUAACUGUAAAAACAGUUGGACCCCAGAAUUUGAAGAGCACGGCCGUCCAUAAUUCUGCUUUCACCCUGCCCAACCCUGUGCUGAACCUUACUGCUAGCCCUAAGUCCACCACCUCAAUAAAAGUGAUAUGGUCAGCCCCCCUGGAUGCCAAGUUGUAUUACAAAUACCUGGUUCAAACCUAUAAUACUACAGGAGAACUGUUUAACACAACAGUCAGCAAUAACAGCACUGAUGUAACCGAGCUGGAGCCAGGAACUCGAUACAAUAUCAAUGUCAUGACGAUGGCAGCAGAGGGAAGUGUAUCCACGGUGGAACAGACAUUCAGUUACACAAUGCCCAAAGCAGUGACCAACCUUACAAUGGAGGACGUGAACACAACGUUCAUCCGGCUGUCGUGGCGCAGACAAAGUGAUCAUAAGCCUUCCUACUCCUACCUGGUGAAAGCUCUCCAGGACGCCAUGGUGGUUCAGAAUGAAUCAACUGAGACUGAGACUUACACCUUCUACAAUCUGACCCCUGGAAAAUUGUACACUUUUGAUGUAUUUACCGUCAUAGAAGGGGUCAAGUCCACAGUGGAAAGCACUCAAAGUCACGCAAAGCCUGAAGCAGUUUCUGACAUCAUGGCCAUAGGAAGCACAACUACCAUGUCAGUGAGCUGGACACCAGCAGUUGGACAGGUGGACUCCUACACUGCACUGCUCUACAGAGACAGCCACUUGGAAAACAGCACAGACCUGAGCAACGCUACUGUGAAGAAACAGUUUCCGGACCUGACACCAGGAGUGUUUUACUGUGUGGCAGUGGUCACCAAAAGUGGACCUUUAGAGAGCAGAAAGUCAAGUGUUUGCAACGCAACUUUUCCCAAUCCUCCCGGCCCCAUCAUGGUGGAGUCUCAGACUGUGAAGUCCAUUAACUUCACCUGGUCCUCUCCAGAGGGCAUGGACCAUGAUCAGUACAACUUCAGUGUGUCCAGCUUUAACGGUUCCUUUCUGAUCCGAAACUACUGGUUCCUGCUGAAUAACCUCCAGUCUGGAAGCUCCAGCAAUAUCUUUGUUGUUACUGUAGGCGUGUUGAACUAUGAGAGCACUGCAGUGACUGCAGAAAACUAUACCCGACCGUAUCCUGUAACCAUGCUGAGACAGACAGAAAUCACCACAAAUGCAGUGACCUUGGAGUGGGAACAGCCCGAGAACACAUCUCACUACUCAUAUCUUUUGGAGACCACAAAUGGCUCCUUUAGUAAAUCUGAAGUUGUCUUGAAUAAACACAAUGCAACAAUCACUGGACUUCUCUCUGGGAGCAACUACAGCUUCACUGUCACCACACAGACAGCAGAUGGCACUCAGGCAGCUCCUGUGACAGUGUCCUAUUUUACACGUCCAUACAGUAUCGGAGGGUUGGAACCUGAAACCUUAAACACAACUGCUGUACGUCUGGUUUGGAUGAAACCACUGGAGUACAAGAGUGAAUACACAUAUCGGGUAAAGACAACAGGCUGCGGCUCCCAAAACACAACCCUUGCAGGAGAAGUCGCAGAGAUUUCCGCGCUCACCCCUGGGACCGACUGCACCUUCUGCGUUUUUGUCAGGGCAGCGGAUGACAUCGAGGGGCAAGCAAGGUGCACCUCGCAGUACACUGAGCCUGAGGCAGUGCAACCAAGCAUCUCCAGCUGGGGCUCCAAUAGUUCAAUCCUGGUGUCAUGGGCCAAACCUCUUGGGAAAGUGAAGCAUUAUAAGGUUUAUCUUAACAGCACGUCCACGGCUUCAGAGGGGGUCAUGCUGGAUUCUACCAAUACCUCCUUUCUGUUUCACAACUUGUCCGCUGGAAGGGUUUACACUGCUGUGGUAACCAGAUUCAGUGGACCCUUCAAUGCGUCAUCUGACUUCAUUACUAAUGCAACCUUCCCUAACCCUCCCGGGCCGAUUGACGUCCUGACGCAGACGACCAGCUACAUUGACAUCAGGUGGAAGGAAGCACCUCUGAUGACGGAUGCAAUGUUCCACUACCAUUUGACCAAGUCAUCACCCCAGGGAGAAGAACACAACACUACCACCUACACCAAUCAUACUUUCACCUCCCUGCUUUCUGGGACUUCCUACAACUUCUCCGUAGCAACAGUGGGUGCGAUGGGUUUUAAGAGUGAGAAGGUUCAGAUCAACAUGGUCACUACAAGACCGUUGAGUGUUAAGUCUCUUACGGCUUCUACAGAAGAGGAGAGCAUCACUGUCAUGUGGGCUGUACCUGAUGAAUACAAGGACAGCUAUCGUUACAAUGUGACCUGGCAAAGCUCAGAUGGGACCAUUAGGGAUAGAAUAGUAGAAAAAAAUACGUAUAAUAUUGUGAACCUGGUUCCUGGCAAACAAUAUCGCAUAACUGUCACCACAGAGACCUCUGAUGGAACCAAAGGUGCUGCAAGAUGGAUUUCCAACUGCACAAAUGCAAGCCCGGUGAAAGACUUGGAAUGUAAAAGUCUGAACACAACAAACGCGCAAGUCAUCCUGUCCUGGAAUAAACCCAUUGGCCAACACUCUGACUUUAAGGUCACUGUAAACGAUGGCGAGAUCAUCAACUCGACAAGCACCUGCUGUCGUCAUACUGUGUCCAACCUUCGUCACAAAACUAAAUACAAUCUGGCAGUGGAGACUCAGAGCUGUGGACCACCCAGCACCCCUGUGUCUCUUGACUGCUGGACAGGCAUCACAAAUCCACCCAUUCCAGUGAACUAUAAGUUAUUUGUGUUGGUGAGCUCCAGUACAUACAACAAGUUCACCCUUCAGAUCAAAAGCGGCCUGCUGAACAGCAUCAAUGGGCCAAUCACACAUAUUGGGGUGCUGGUGACAAAUGCUCUCCCUGGUAACACUUCUGAUUUCACAAAGUACGUGGGGAAAACGUAUAAACAGUGGCAGGAAAAGGAUACUCCAGUAUACAUGGCAACAGUUGUAGAGAACAUCUUCCAUUCACACAGUGGAGUGAGCCAACGGGACAUAGAAAUAGGAGACGAAUCCAAAUGGAACGGCUACACUAAUGGUGCUUUGAUGGCCAAUGGAAUAUACCAAUAUGCUAUCGUGCUGUACACCAGUCUGACUCUUCAAAACGGCUUAGUGAAUGGUGAAGUGUCACUGUUGAGUAUAACAAACUUCUGUACUGCUUUUGCACUCCCACAGGACCCAGCUGUCAUUGGCAUUGCUGUCGGAGCAACAUUGGGAAUUUUUUGCAUUCUCUUCAUCAUCCUCAUUGGCUUCAUUAUCUACUGGAAAAGGGUAUCCAACAAAGAAUCGUCAGACAUCCAGAUUCAUUCCAUGAGAGCCAAAGUAAGUGUGGCUGUGAGGGUGGAGGAGUACGAGGCUUACUACAAGAAGCAGAAAGCAGACUCAAACUGUGGCUUUGCUGAAGAGUUUGAGGACCUUAAGCCUGUUGGUACAGCUCAGUCGAAAACAAACGCUGAGAGACCGGAGAACAAAUCCAAGAACCGCUACAACAACGUGCAUCCAUAUGACUCCUCUAGGGUGAAACUCUCUAUUAUCCAUGGGAGUCCAUAUGAUGACUACAUCAAUGCUAACUACAUGCCGGGUUUCAACUCCAGGAAGGAGUAUAUCGCUGCUCAGGGUCCUUUGCCCACCACAGUCAGCGAGUUCUGGAGGAUGAUCUGGGAGAAGAACGUACAGACUCUGGUCAUGCUGACACGCUGUAAUGAACAGGGACGAGUGAAAUGCGAGCAAUACUGGGAUCAUGGCACCAAGCACUUUGAAAACAUUACUGUGACAACAACCUCUGAAAUAGAACUUGAAGACUGGACCAUCAGGGACUUUGACAUUAAAAAUGUAAAAACAGCAGAGACCCGUUCGGUACGUCACUUCCACUUCACAGCCUGGCCAGAUCACGGAGUGCCACAAACCACAGAGCUCCUCAUCAGCUUCAGACACUUGGUCAGAGAGCACAUGGAACAAUACUCCAGACACUCUCCUACUGUUGUCCACUGCAGUGCUGGCGUUGGACGCACAGGUACCCUCAUAGCCAUCGACCGUUUGAUCUUCCAGAUUGAAAGGGAAAAUAUUGUGGACGUGUACGGCAUCGUCCACGAUCUGCGCAUGCACCGGCCCCUUAUGGUGCAGACAGAGGACCAGUAUGUGUUCUUAAACCAGUGUGCUGUGGACAUCAUCAGAUCAAGAACUGGAACCAAUGUGGAUCUAAUCUACCAAAACAGUGCUGCACUCUCUAUUUAUGAGAACAUGGAUCCAAAAACAGGGUUCCCCAAAGGCGGACCAUACUAUAAUGCAUAGGCCCGAGAAAACACUCAGGUCUUCUACUUCUCUCUUUAUGCUUAGCAAGAAAAUGAGCAGACAUUUGCAAAAGGAACGCUUUUAAGUGAUUGCGCUAUAUUUAUUUUUUAUAACUGUCACGCUUUUUUUUUAAGAAUCUUGUAGCUUUCUGGAUUCAAACCCUUAUUUUGGGGGUAUUUAUUAGUUGAAAAUGUUGAAUGUUUGAUAAAGAAGGGAGCUGUAUAUGGAGAUACAACCGGGGACAUAAUCACUGACCAAUAAUAUUUGGAUUAUUUGUGAACUUUGGUCAAACAUAAGAUCUUUUUCUCUCUCUCUCUCUUAUAACCGCAGCUUUUUGUAUUGCUCAGUUUCUAGUUCAGCUUGUUUACUACUGUAUAUGAUUUACAGAUGAUGACGUUUUCUGCUCAGGUAAUAUGUUGGAUGCUGUAUAGAUAUUAUUACAGACACUUUUGAUAAAGAACAUCUUUUAAUUUUGAACCUUCGGAUUUGCCUUGUACAAACAAUUGCGGGUAUGAAUACUAUGUGCCUUUUUAAACCCUGUAUGCUUUAGUGCCAGUAGGUGGCACUCCAUUGUUUUAGUCUUAAACUGAAAAAGGCAAACAGGGACUAUUUUGAUAUUGCCUUAUUACAGAAACCUUAAGUUUGUCAGAACGUCCAAUCAAUUAUUUUUGAACCUCUUAAGCAAAUUUGAAACGUGCAAUGUCUUCUAAUGAAGGAGUUUUGUUUGUUUGUUGUAGAGACUUUUGUAUGUGAAUGCACUGUAGUGAAUAAUGCACUGGAUGCAUUUGUCUUUCUCUACACUGUCCACUUUUUUAACCGUACAGAUAUUUUCGUAUCCUUGAUUACAUUCUGGCCAGUGCUUUGUGAAACUGUUUUGCUAACACUUUGCUCUUCGCCCAACAUUCGUAUUUUACAAUUUUACUGAGGUAAUUUUAUUCUUUUGAUUAAAGAGAUGGAUCGCAAAAAACAAAAGCUCAGGAACUUAAAACAAUGACAGCUGAACAUUUUGCUGGGGAGGUAUCCGUACUGUACAAGUGUGUCCUUUGAAGAAGGUCACACGGCCCGUUGUUUUUGUUUUGUUCAUGUCCUUCUCUACAUUGUACAUUCCUCUAAGAAACAACCAUGUUAUGUCACUUCCUGCCGCAUAUCUGGUCUGUCUGUGAUAUUGAAAUCACCAGAGAAGAGCUCAGCAUUUUCCAUGAGGCAGGCACGCUUUUUUUAAAAGGAUAUUUAAUGUGUGGUUAGUCUGUAGAUAUUUUUGAAUAAUGUCCAUUGAAAGCACUUAAUGAAAACAGGCAAAUAGUCACACAGUUGUAGGAUGUUUUUUAAAUGCUUUAUGAGAUGCUUGCUGGUACAAUGCAAAUAAAUGUAAAAGGAGACAGGAUUUAAUAUUUGUCUACCCUUGAAUCUGUAAAACUAUGGGAUUAAAGAUGUUGCUAUGUUUUUACCCCA